AUCCUACGAUCUUCUACAACUUCUUCAGAUUUUAUCUAUCUAUCAACUCUCUACAAAAAUGCGUUUCAUCCUGGCUCUGUUCUUCCUCGCCAUCGUCUACUGCAUCCACCAUGCUGAUGCUGCCACUUACAGGAAGCCGCCUUUCAAUGGCUCCAUUUUCGGAAAGAGGGGUGUUGUUGAGUACGACUCUACUGGCAGAGCUUUGUCGGCGUUGUGCGAAAUUGCCGCUGAAACAUGCCAGGCGUGGUACCAGACUUUGGAUAAUUAAUUAAAUAAUGCUUCAAUUUAUGUACUAUUCAACAUAUAGCAGAUUAUAUUGUGAUAAUGGACAAUUUAUGUAAUCUUAAAUAAUCGUAAUAAAGUUUCAUAUUACAAUUACAA